AUGCCAAACCCUAAUGUGUGUGUCGCCCUCUCCGACUAUUCUCUCGUAUCACAGUUCCAACAGAAACGCCGCUUCCAUAUUUCCUUCGAGAAGCUUGAAUUUAUCAACAUGGUGAGGGUUAGUGUUCUGAAUGAUGCCCUUAAGAGCAUGUACAAUGCUGAAAAGAGGGGGAAAAGACAGGUCAUGAUCAGGCCAUCUUCAAAAGUCAUCAUCAAGUUUCUUAUGGUUAUGCAAAAACACGGUUAUAUUGGUGAAUUUGAGUAUGUUGAUGACCAUAGAUCUGGUAAGAUUGUGGUUGAAUUGAAUGGGCGUUUGAACAAAUGUGGGGUUAUCAGUCCUCGUUUUGAUGUUGGAGUUAAGGAAAUUGAGCCAUGGACUGCAAGGCUUCUUCCUUCAAGACAAUUUGGUUACAUUGUGUUGACAACAUCUGCUGGAAUCAUGGACCAUGAAGAAGCUAGGAGGAAAAAUGUUGGUGUUGCCACCCGAGAUAGUCUCACUGCUUCAUUUACCACCACAAAACUUGAUACCACCACCACCACCACCACCACCACCGCCUUGAUUCCUGCUGCCAAGGGUGGUGGUGGCGAUGUUAAAUUUCACCGGAGCUUCAUGUAUGUGGGAAUCUAA